AUGUACUGUGCCGCCGUGUUGGCAGUCCGGGCGCUGGGAUUUAGGCGCUGUUGGGACUGGCAGCCGGGACGGAUGGCGCAGGGUUGGGCGGGCUUCUCUGAGGAGGAGCUGAGAAGACUAAAGCAGAAUAAAGAGCCAUUUGAACCUCAACGCCGUCUCCCCAUAAAGAAAACUCGACAACAACUUCAGCGAGAAAAAGCCCUUCUAGAACAAAGCCAAAAACUGGGACUUCAAGAUGGAUCAACCUCAUUACCUCCAGAGCAGCUGCUAUCUGCACCAAAAGAGAGACUUAACAAUCAAAAACCACAUUCUUCUUCCCCUACUCUUUCUAAUCCUCUUAUAGUUACUUCUCCCACUGGUGAUGGAAUACCACAGGGUACUGAAAGUCAACCAAGGGAACCAGGACUUGAGAAUUCCCAUGAUGGUCACAGAAAUGUUGAGGUUAUACCUCCAAAUCCAGAUUGCAAAUUGGAGAAAAAGAAAGUGGAAUUGCAAGAAAAAGCUCGUUGGGAAGUCCUCCAAGAAGAACAACGUCUAAUGGAAGAGAAAAAUAAACGUAAGAAAGCUCUUUUGGCGAAAGCUAUUGCAGAAAGAUCUAAAAGAACUCAGGCAGAGACCAUGAAACUAAAGAGAAUCCAGAAGGAGUUACAGGCUUUAGAUGACCUGGUGUCUGCUGACAUUGGAAUCCUCAGGAACCGAAUUGAUCAGGCCAGCCUAGACUAUUCAUAUGCGCGGAAGCGGUUUGACAGAGCUGAAGCUGAGUACAUUACUGCAAAGCUAGAUCUACAGCGCAAGACUGAGAUAAAAGAGCAACUCACUGAGCAUCUGUGUACAAUCAUACAGCAAAAUGAGCUCCGAAAGGCCAAGAAGUUGGAGGAGCUGAUGCAACAACUGGAUGUACAAGCUGAUGAAGAGACUUUGGAACUCGAGGUGGAGGUGGAAAGGUUGCUUCAGGAGCAGGAAGCAGAAGCAAGGAAGCAAGUGGUAGAGAAGCCAAGUCAGCCUGGUGGAGAGAGGGUGACACUAAGCUUUGCUAAAGAGAACAAAAAGCCUCAAGAACAAGCUGCUUCCCCAAAGGUAGAUGAACAGUGUGAAAAUGGUAGUAGCCUCCCCCAUCAUAGUCCAGAUAGCCAAAAUCAAAGAGUUAAUAACAGCUCAGCUGUUCUAGCCACGUGAAGUGCCAGUGUUCUUUUCAGUUAGUAUGACAUUGCAGUAGGUUAUAUCCUGACAUCUCAUAAAAACCUCUUUAAAACUGUUAAUUUCUUAAUCUGAUUAGCUUUAGUAGGUCUAACAUGUUUGACCAUUCCAGAGUCCCUAAUUAUGAUAAUUUUAUAUCCAGGGGCAUGUUUCACUUUGACUUUGGUUCAGUUCCUUCAGUCUUCCUUUAAUCCUUAUUACUGAGUUAAAAUAAGUGACUCAAAGGGUUGAAGAGUAUGAGGCCCUGAGUUUGAGCUGGAGCAUUGCAAAAAAGAAAAAAAAGGAUGGAAGAAAAAUUACCUGGCUAGGGUGGUUUUAAACUAAGUAAAUACAGAAGAGUAAAAUGAAGAAUGGCAACUCAGUGCCUAAUCAAACUUAUUUAACUCUGGGCGAAGUAUUGAGAGUGUACAUCCUAUUUUAUGCAAUCAUUUAAAAAGAUGCCAAAAUUAUUAUUUAAACAGAGAGAGGCAGGAACAGAAAAAACAAAAGUAGUAGGUUGAAUUAGCCCUAUCUGGAUGUUACUAGAGUUUUAAAACACAACUUGAAAAUUAAAGUUUAUGUACAAAAUCAGAUAUUUUAAGCCAACAUUACUUUUGCUUUAAUUUGUCUUUAAGUGGUUUUAGUUUUUGUUUGUUGACAUACAUACACACAUAUGAACAUGCUAUAUAUGUAUAAUUUUAAUGUGUUCUAUUUUGUCAGUGAAUUGGUUAGUUAAAUUUAGACAAUCAUUUCUAAAGUGAAGAUUAAAAAUAUAAAAAAUCAUAUCACUACUUUUGAAUAUCCAGUUAUGAAUUUUCCUUCUAAAGUUUUCUAUGACUAUAUUUUAGAUGUUGAACAUUAAUCAUCCUGUCAUAAAGCAUUAAAAUUUUUA